GCAGCAGUAGAGAGUAGGUGGGGAUUGCAGCAAGGUUUCCUUCCUUGGAAGCUGCAUCGAGGCCCCUAACCCGCUAGAGGGGGCUCUGCCUGCACCCGGGGUCCUUCUCUUUGUCAGUAUAGGCAACAGUGAAGCACUCUCAUUCCUCUGAAGCCUCAUGCGGGAGAGAUGGAUUUAAUUUUGAUCGCGGGGCUAUAAGGGAGGGGACUGGCAAGAAAACCUUUGUCAUCCAGCAGCAGCCUCUCUUGUCUUUAAUUACCCUUAAAGUGAAGGAGCUGGUCCUGGGGAGGGCACUGCCCGCCAGGUGUGGGCAGAGAAGACAUCCUCAGGGCUCUGACAAGUGUGGGGCUGAGGAUGGAUUAGCUGGGUGGACUUCACAUCUAAAAAUUGGCCACAGCGGAAGAUCAGUCAUGGAUAAGAUGCUCUAAGGAGGUGACUAAACUGAAGAAAAGAGACAAGGAAGUGACUUGACCAACACCAGCUGACAAGUCUGGCAGGGAUCCUGAGAGUGAGCUGUAGACUCCCAGGACAAUGAGUGAAGAAAGUGCUGCUGAGGCCACCGAGGCCACUGAGGCCACCUCCCCUCCACCUCCCCAGGGCCAGCGCUACUUUGACCGAUUCUCAGAAGACGACCCUGAAUAUAUGCGCCUUCGAAACAUGGCAGCUGACCUCCGACAGGAUUUCAACAUGAUGGAGCAGAAGAAGAGGGUCACUAUGAUCCUUCAGAGCCCUUCUUUCAGGGAGGAGCUGGAGAGCCUCAUCCAGGAGCAGAUGAAGAAAGGAAACAAUUCUUCGAACAUCUGGGCCCUCCGGCAGAUCGCGGACUUCAUGGCCAGCACCUCCCAUUCGGUCUUUCCAACUUCUCCUCUCAAUCUCUCCAUGAUGACCCCCAUCAACGACCUCCACAGUGCUGACUUGCCGAACUUGGCCAAAGGGGAACGGCUCAUGCGCUGUAAGAUCGGCAGUGUCUACCGACUCUUAGACUUAUACGGAUGGGCCCAACUGAGCGACACCUACGUCACGCUGAGAGUUUCCAAAGAGCAGGAUCACUUCCUGAUCAGCCCCAAAGGCCUCUCCUGCAGCGAAGUCACAGCUUCCAGUCUGAUCAAAGUGAAUAUCCUUGGUGAAGUGGUAGAGAAGGGCAGCAGCAGCUUCCCAGUGGAUCCCACAGGCUUCAGUUUGCAUUCAGCCAUUUAUGCAGCCAGACCUGAUGUGCGAUGCAUCAUCCAUCUGCACACCCCAGCUACAGCGGCGGUGUCAGCCAUGAAGUGGGGCCUCCUACCCAUCUCUCAUGAUGCGCUGUUGGUGGGGGACAUGGUAUACUAUGACUUCAACGGAGAAAUGGAGGAGGAAGCUGAUCGGAUCAAUCUGCAGAAGUGCCUUGGACCCACCUGCAAGAUCCUGGUGCUAAGAAAUCAUGGAGUGGUUGCUCUGGGUGACACUGUUGAGGAAGCAUUUUAUAAGAUCUUCCACCUUCAGGCAGCUUGUGAGAUACAGGUGUCUGCUCUGUCCAGUGCUGGAGGAUCAGAGAACCUCAUCCUGCUGGAGCGAGAAAAGCAUCGGCCCCAUGAGGUGGGAUCCGUGCGAUGGGCCGGGACCACUUUUGGACCCAUGCAGAAGAGUCGGCUGGGUGAGCAUGAGUUUGAGGCUCUCAUGAGGAUGCUGGAUAAUCUGGGUUACCGAACAGGAUACACCUAUCGAUAUCCUUUUGUCCAAGAGAAAACGAAACACAAAAGUGAGGUUGAGAUCCCAGCCACUGUGACUGCCUUCGUUUUUGAAGAGGAUGGAGCCCCCAUUUCCACUCUGCGGCAACAUGCUCAGAAACAGCAGAAGGAGAAGACCCGCUGGCUCAAUAGUCCCAACACAUACCUGCGGGUCAAUGUGGCAGAUGAGGUCCAGAGGAACGCAAGCAGUCCUCGGACCAAAACUACAUGGAUGAAGGCAGAUGAAGUGGAGAAGUCUAGCAGUGGGAUGCCAAUCCGAAUCGAAAAUCCAAACCAAUUUGUGCCUCUCUAUACGGACCCCCAGGAAGUGCUGGAAAUGAGAAACAAGAUUCGAGAGCAAAAUCGACAAGAUGUGAAAUCAGCAGGUCCUCAGUCACAGCUGUUGGCUAGCGUCAUAGCAGAGAAGAGUAGGAGUCCGUCUACAGAAAGCCACCUGGCCUCCAAAGGUGACACAGAUACCAAAGACGACUCAGAGGAGACAGUGCCUGUGGGAACAGAACCCCCAAAUCCUUUUAGCCAACUCACUGACCAAGAACUGGAGGAAUAUAAGAAAGAGGUGGAGAGGAAGAAACUUGAACUUGAUGGUGAGAAAGAAACAACAACAGAAGAACCUAGCUCUCCUUUGAAGACUGCCCCGGCUUCUCCAGUGAAGAGUCCUUCUAAAGCAGAAACAAAGAGUCCUGCCCUUUCUCCAUCCAAGUCUUCAGAGGGUGUUAAGAAGACUGAGACAAAUAAAGCCGCUGAUGAAUCUGAAAAGACCGUUCCAGAAGGGGUAGUUGUUAAUGGAAAAGAGGAAGAUCAGACAGUAGAAGAAGCUCUCAGCAAAGGAAUGAGUCAGAUGACUACCAAUACUGACACAGAAGUGGAUGCCUCCAAGGAAAAAACUGAGUCAGUCACCAGUGGUCCCAUGUCCCCAGAAGGUUCACCCUCUAAAUCCCCAUCCAAGAAGAAAAAGAAAUUCCGAACCCCAUCGUUUCUGAAAAAAAGCAAAAAGAAGGAGAAAGUGGAAUCCUGAUUUUUUUCUCCUCAGGCCUCCACUUGCUUCUCCUUCUCUCCUUCCCCUUCCCUCCCCCUGUCUCUGUCUCUGAAAGUACAGAGCCACGGAAGGAUAGAGUAAGAUAUAGACUUGUACAGCUGGAAGAGACCUUAGAACUCACCUAACACCAUCCUUUCAGAUGUCAGAGGAGGACAUUGAGGCUCAUCAGGGGAAGUGACUUGUCCAGGGUCAUAAACUAGUUAGUGCAGAGCCAGGACUAGAACCUAGGUCUUUUGACUCUCAGUCCAGUGUUCUUUCCACUAUGGCAAAGCUGUCUAGCUGCAAGCUGCCCUUUGUUAGAAUGGUGCCCGCCAAUACUGAGCCAAAGGCUGGAGACCAGGAAUGAUUCUCAACCUCUCACAGUCUCAAGCUAAAUGUGAGAGGGUGGGGACUUUCUACUCUUUCUCUCAGGAACCUAGUUUCCUGCUGAUAUAACUAUAGCUAACUGAAAUCAUUUUGUCCUUCAUUUGGGGGUUCCCAUCCCCUCUGCUUGAAGACCUAAACACACUUUUCUGCACCCUAAGCAAAUGCUAGUUUUCACUUUUCUGUUCACAAGGGCUCAUUGUUGAGUCUGUACUUCCCUGGCUUCUAGACCCCAAUUCUAAGGAAAAUACCCCUUUUCAUAACGACUGUGUAUGUGUGCAUAUGAGAGUACGUGGGAGAGAGUAAGAGAGUGUGCGCACGAGGGAGUGAGAGAGAGUGAGAGAGAGAGAGAGAGAGAGAAGAGAGAGAGAGAGAGAGAGAGAGAGAGAGAGAGAGAGAGAGAGAGAGAGAGAGAGGAGAGAGGAGAGAGGAGAGAGGAGAGAGAGAGAGAGAGAGAGAGAGAGAGAGAGAGAGAGAGAGAGAGAGAGAGAGAGAGAGAGAGAGAGAGAGGAGAGAGGAGAGAGGAGAGAGGAGAGAGGAGAGAGGAGAGAGGAGAGAGGAGAGAGGAGAGAGGAGAGAGGAGAGAGGAGAGAGGAGAGAGGAGAGAGGAGAGAGGAGAGAGGAGAGAGGAGAGAGGAGAGAGGAGAGAGGAGAGAGGAGAGAGAGAGAGAGAGACCGACCCCUGGCAAGAGUUGACAGAAAUGAGUGGAAAAAUAAAGGUUUCUGAAUUCAGGGAAUAUAAGUGGGACUGAGAGCUAAACAUGUACUUGCUCAACAACCAAAGAAUAUCAUUUUGGUUUUAUUAGUAUGAAAAGGCCAAAAUGUCUUGUCCCUCUAAAACUCUGACUCUUGACCUCUAAGACUGAGACCACAUUUAACAGAUGGGGGAAGCCAAGGACCUCUGCUUGAUUUUGGAUUUCACAAAAUGGGGAAGGGCAUACUAUCCCUCCACUGUCCCACAGGUUAGACACAACUACUACCCUCUCUAAUCAAUGUGUGGUUGUCACCUCCCCUUGGGGAUUAAGCCCUGCUGAUUCAAGACCUUUUCCUUUAAGACAAAGACCCUUUGUUUUGUGAGACCAGAAUUAGUGUCUUUCCAUUUGGAAACUAUGGAUAGCUCCUUCUAGGUUAUCACUAGGCCUGAGAGAAAUUACUCUGGAUCCAUCAGAGAUAGGAUCAUCCAAAAGCUACCUAAAGCAGACAGCAUAGGCCAAUAUUGGGGAAAUGGUUAAAUCUCCCUGCCAUUUCUAAAAACAGUUUAUAAUAGCAAUCUAUUUCAGGACCUGAAAAAAAGCUGCAAAGUUGUUUAUUUUGAAUGCUAGCACCUCCUUUUAAAAAUAUUUUGUCAUGGGGUAUUUAUAAUAGAAAGCUCUAGGAAACAGGUGUGAUAUUUUCCCAGAUAAGCAAUGAUAAUUAAGAAAUCUUUUCUACUCUGUCCCAGUUAAUAUUAAAAACACACACACCAUAGGGGGCAGCUGGGUAGCUCAGUGGAUUGAGAGCCAGGCCUAGAGAUGGGAGGUCCUAGGUUCAAAUCUGGCCUCAGCCACUUCCUAGCUGUGUGACCCUGGGCAAGUCACUUGACCCCCAUUGCCUAGCCCUUACCACUCUUCUGCCUUGGAGCCAAUACACAGUAUUGACUCCAAGAUGGAAGGUAAGAGUUUUAAAAAAAAAAACCACACACACACCCCAAAUCUAUAAGAAGACUUUUUAGGACCAAGUACUAUUGUUAGUUUAGAACCAUUAUUGGUCUUUGUGCACCCCUGAUUAAGGAAAUGAAGUGAGUAUAAAAAAACUCCACCUGACCUCCCUGGUGAACUAUUAACUCACCAUGCUCUCAGAGGUGCCAGUGAUGACACCAGUGUGGUACUGUGUCCAAGUGAGCAAUAAGGGCUUCUUGGCUAAGUGAGCAAUUCCACUGUUGGGAGUGGGGAGUCUGAUGAGGAAAGGUGAUCAUAUUUCUUUAUGUGAUUAUAUGUCACAUUAUAUUCAUGUCAUUAGAAACCCAGACUCCCAGAUGCUUCUCCUUUAGGCCAAGUCCUUUCAGAUUCAAUGAGAGGUGAAGUCCUCUAUGCUGACCAAGUGAGCAGAGGGAGUCCAAAAACAUCAACUAAACAUGUCAUACUUUUCAAUACCUAUUUGCUGAUAAUCACCUUUAAAAAGAUUUGACACUAACUUUAGAGAUUAAUUUUUUGAUCAAUGAACAAGGCAAAAGAAAGUGAUGUUAAGGGAAUGGAGUAAAGAAAUGAAUUCAUGCCCUUUGGUGUGUGUCUGUAGUUCAAAGAUGUCCUUGGAAUCAUAAUCUCAAUCUCCAAACUAGAAGGAACUUCAGAGGUCAUCUAGUCUAAACCAUACCUGCCCAGAACUGCUUCCAUGAUAUCGCCAACAAAUGGUCAUUAAGCUUUCUCUAGAUGAUCAGCAUUAUUGUAGCGCUUAUAUCCCCAGAGUACUCCAUUUCUCUUUUGGACAGCUUGAAUUGUUUGGAAGUUCUUUUAUCAAGCUUAUAUGUCUUCCUUAUAUAUAGAAUAUACGCCUGUAAUUCCUUCCUAUUGUUCUUGGGUCCAAAAACUGGGGCCAAGAAAAACAAAUUUAACUCUUAACUGACAGCCUUUAAAAUAUUUGUAGACAGCAAUCAUGUAUGCCCUAGGCCAUCUCAUCUCCAGAUUAAAUAAAGUCAGUUCCUUUAAUUAAGGAAUUUUUCUUUAAAAAUAGUAGCAAGGUGCAUGUAAGCAAACUUAGUGGUUUUUUAUUCCAUAGGUCCAUGCAAUGUGACUGCAUUAGAGUGAAACUGUCAUAUAAAAAGGCCAUUUUGGAACUUCAGUAAUAUGGUCAGUCUAGCACUUUAGUGGAGGGCGUGUUUAACUUGGAGUAAAGACAGCCCUGGGCUUAAAUCCCACCUCGGAAAAUUAAUUGGUUGGGUGAACUCAUUUAAAAAACCCUCUCAUUCUACAAAUGAGGAAACUAAGGCCCAGAAACAUUCUGACUUACCCAAGUGCACCGAGCUAUUAAAUGACAGCACUGGGACUUGAACUGAGGUUUUCUACCUCAUGCCCAACUAUUCUUUCCACUACACAAUGCUACUUACAGGAGAAAUUUUUAGUGAAAAGAUAGAGAAAGGUGUCAACAGAGUUGAAGGUUAGUACAGCUAUUUCCUGUUCUAUUUGGUCUUAAAGCAGAAAUCAUUGAAGUAUCUUUACAAAUGCCCUAAUGAAAAAGGUAUAGUCUAGUCCAUGAAAAUUAGCAUGGUGACAAAAUUAGGGUGACAGAGUUGUUUUUUUUCUUCUGGAUGAAAUAAAGAUGUUAGUAGAAUUAACUGAAAAGAAUUCAUAGCAAGAAAACCCAUGACCAGUUUUAAAAUGUCAUCAAUUCAUAUAUGAGGUAGGAAAGAGAAAUGAGAGAAAAAAAUCUGACUUUAAACUGAUGUCUUAGUUUUUUAGUUUCAGGAAAUACCUGGCUGAGCAUAGAAGCAAGUAGCAGUGUGGAUCAUGAGAUAUGGAGUGUAAUGAAACUCAGGGGUCAUCUUGUUCAACUGCCACUUUACAGAAGAAGAAACUGAGGCCCAGAGGAGGUCUGGAGAUUGCCCAAAAUUACAUAGAUAUUAAGGAGUAGAGUCAACAUUUGAAUACAAGCCUACUUCCUUCAGACCUAAUGUUCUUUAUACUACAUCUUGGGGACAUCAAUAGGAAAGAGAAUCUCUUCUCCAUGCUGCUUCCCUGGUGUUUCUGGUCUAUUGUUUAGCCAAUAGUAUGGAUCAUUUUACCUUUAGAAGAGUCUGAAUUUGGAGUUAGAAGCCGUAGGUUCAAAUCCUUGCUCUUUUACUUCCUCCCCACAAGAAUGACCUUGUAUGACAAGUUACUUAAUGUCCCUAUGUCUUAAUUUCCUCACUAUAAAAUGCAGGGGUUGGACAAGGAAACCUAGUCUGGGGUGGCAUUUAGCGAUAAGCUAUGCCUAGUCAAGUUCUGGUGUGAGCUUUGGCUAGUUUCCCUGAAGCGAGUUAGAUAGAUACUGAUUUCCCAUCCCAAGUUUCAUCUUUAUUUCCUAGUCUGACUUUAGGGCUCUGGAAACUUUUGGUCUGUUGUAAAUACAAAUAAAAUUGUGGCUUUCUGCCUCCUAGUCAAGUAACCUAUAUAUACCACCCAUUCCUCUCUCCCCUCAAAUUUAAUUGAACAAAAAGAACCACUCCUAUAGAGUGCCUACAUUACUAUAGGGACCAGAUGAAUAGAAUUAACUCAUUUGAGAGAUACUAGGAAGAAUAAAAAUAUGAUUUUAACAAACCCACCUUUAUAAAACAAUCUGUAAUACUAUAGAUUCUUUUAUAAUUGAGGUCAAAUCAUGUACCCCAUAAACAUGAGGAUCAAAUAGGAUCAUAAACUUGGAGCUGGAAGGGACCUUCAAAGUCUUCUAUCUAACUCCCUCAUAUUAGAGAUGGGGAAAUGGAGUCCUAGAGAAGCUAAGGGACUUGCCCAAGGUCACAGAGGAAGUGGCAGAGCAGGUUCACUCAUAUUUUCAUUACACCAGCUGCUUCUUCCCUCUUUAUAUAACAUGUGUCAGUCUUAUAGAGGUUAUCCUUCAUACAAGCAUUGGAAUAGACCAUCAAAAUGUUUGCUCAGGGGCAGUUCGUGUGUGUGUGUGUGUGUGUGUGUGUGUGUGUGUGUGUGUGUGAGACGGGUGAAGGGUAGAAGGGUAGAAGGGGUAGAAGGGGAGGGGAGAGAGAGAGAAAUUUUGUUUCUUUGAGAGAGCAAUUAUUUAUUAACACAGGACAUCUGUACAGUGCUUUAUGAUUUAGAAAUACAUUAUUUAAUUUACUCUCACAACAGUUUUAUGAAUUAAGCAGGGCAGUAUUAUUAUUCCUGCCUUACAGAUAAGGAAGUUGAGGUUCAGAGAAGUUCUAUGACUUGUUCAAGCUUAAGACAGCUAAGCAAAUAGCACUUGUGUUUCAGAAAGUAAAAAAUUUCAUAUAAAGAUUUUGGAAUUACAAACUUGCCUUGGGACAUAUGCAGCAUACAGUUUGCAUGCUUAGUUUGCCAUUUCCCAAUAUGUUUAUUUUAUGCUGUAGCUCCAAACCAAAUAUAACCUGUUACAUUAAAUCCACAUGUGACUAUUUAAAGCCCCUCAGCAGCACUGCAAUCAUAUUCCUUUAUAUUCAUAUACCACAGCUUAUUUAGUUGCUCCCCCAAUCCUCUCAUUUUACAGAGGAGUAAACUGAGUCCUAGAGAAAGGAAGUAACUCACCCUAGGUCACAUAAUUAAUAGUAGAAUGAAAAGAAGCCUCUAAAUAAUAUAUCUAAAUGCUCUAGUACCACAAUUUGAAAACUGAUGGGGCAACUCUCUUCACUCUUUUGAGUUAUUUGAAAGGAAACAUUUGACUUAAUAGAAAACUAAUAAGCAUGGGCUUGCUCUGUAAUUACAUGAUAUCUGCUCACCAGUUAUUCAUUUAUAAGUUUACAUCUGUGCGCAAUAACACUUGUGCUGUACAAUAUGUGAAGCAUAAAUAAUGAUGUAAUUAUUCCAAAAUCACCCAGCAAUUAUCUGAACAAUUAUAUAUUGGAUUGCAGUUAUUUGUGCCAGGAUAAAGAAAUGCUUACAAAAAUGAAGUGGUAGCAUAAAUGAAUUGCCUUCAGCUCUGUUGUCAUCUCAUGUGGAGGACUCAUAUCCAGCAAUGAAUAGGUAAAUUUUUAGGCAGCCCACCCUCCUCCCAUUCAAUGUAGAAAGGAAUUGUCAGUGAUUUCUUAAAAUGAUCUUGGGGAUUUGGGAUUUUCCUUUCAGGGGAGCCCAUUUGAACAGCAGUGUCCUUGGAAAUGCAUUUAUUCUUUCCUAGAAGAGGGGGGAGGGAUUGGAGAGAGAUUAAAAAAAAGUUUUCAUCAAAAGCCAUGUGCCCUGAAAGCUUUUCUCCCCCACUCAAAAAAGGUUUCAUUUCCCAUUAAGAAGGUUAAAGGGUAAGGGGGAGGGAAAGCACCUCACAAUUCUUGUCAUUCCUAAAGAAGACUGGUGUUUAUGUAUUUCAGUGGAGCAUCUGGCUGGCUUUUGAUGAGAAGAAGCAAGAAUGAAUUGUAUGCUUUGAAAAUAAUGGUUUUACAAAGAUCAUUUUGGAGACAGGAACAGCAUUUACCUCGUACACAUAUUAGAACAGGGACUAGACCUGAGCUUUCAUUUAUAAAGGGGAUUCGUGGAGGAAGAAACUCCCUUUUUCCUUGUAAGUCAGUGCCUUCUCGCCAACUUCUAUUCUUACAGCACUUAAAGGCUAAGUCACUUGCCCUGAUGACACAGCUAGGAUGUAUCAGAGAGAAGAUUUUCAUCAUGUCUUUCUGCUUCUUAGGUUAGGCUCUCCAAUCAUUACAUCAUGCUGCUUCUCCUCAAAUAGUAGUCACAAUAAAUACUUUUUGAAUUCAAUUGAAUGGACCAGAAAUCCUCAAGCAUUGCCAGUAUGGAAUUGCUGUUUUCAGGCAUAUGAUUUAAACUCUUUCAAAUCUAUAUAGGAAGAAAUGUUUGUGUAUCAGAUUCCAUUGUUUUCAUUAAUUCCAUUAAGAGAAAAUUUUAAACACACACACAAGGCAAGUUUAAAAAUGCAAAAUUUGAAACUUGGAAUACUGACUACUUUUAUGCUUCUGUUUGAAUAACUGAAAUUCCCCAAGCUUGAAAUGUAUUUACCAAAGGGAAGGCAAAAUGAAAUGGCUCAUAUACAGAUCUUGGGCAAGUCACAAAAUCUCCUUGGACCUUUAAUUUCUCCAUCUAUAAAAUGAAAGAGUUGGACUAGAUGGCUUCUGAGGUCCCUUCCAGCUCUAAAGCUAUGACUCAGACUCAGUAAUUUCUGGAAGAUUUCAAAACAGAAAAAGGGGGGGGGGGAAGGAAGCUACCACAGCAUAAUGGAAGGAAACUAGCCAGACAAAUCCCUAGGACACAAAAGCAAGCUGAGACUUCUGUUCCUGGUCUGGAGGAUCCCAAAGUUGGCUAAUUACCAUUGGAGGGGGGGUUAGGGACUCUGAAUCUUUUCUUUUCCAUUUGGUGCUCAGCCUUGAUAAAUAUUAGAAAUUGUGAUGAUUGGCUAUUAAAACUGGAAAGAACUUCAGCGACCAUCUGGUUCAAAUACUCUCAUUUUAUAUAUGAGAAAAAUGAGUAUCAGAAAAGGGAAGUGUCUUGCCUGAGUUCACAUGAAUAAGCAGUGGAAUCAGGAUUUCAACCAAGUUCCUUGAGUUCAAGAGCCAGGGAUCUUUCCACUCUACUACACUGCCACUUCACUAAUAAUGCUGGAAUUAGCCUGAGCACUGAGGUAAAUGGAAUUAGCAUUUUAGCUAGGGAGAAGAGCACAAACAUUUUCUGAUUGCCCCAGUAUAUACCAGUUUUUCUCCUUUCCUGCCACAAAUCUUGCUCUUGCUAGCAGUAGCAAAGGGUAGUUUUAGUUUGACAAAGUCUUUAAAUUUCUCUCCAGAUCUGGGAACAGGUGAAACUGUUAGAAAGAGAUGCUAUACCUAUAUAAAAAUCCCAAACUCUCAGCCCCUUGGGGGAGAGCUACCUUACCUAGAUAGUUUUUAGAUGGGUUCUCUGCUAAAGUGCAGCUGAUGGACUGCAGCAGCUGGACUAGAGUGCAAAAGGGCUAUGAGGACAAGUGGCGACAUCUUUACAACUUUGGAAGGACCCUUGGCAGACAAACUAGAUUACCAGUCUUCCCAACUCCACACCUCAUGUCCAGUCCAAGUCUCCAAUUCCAUUCAAAGAAAUCUUUUGUUUUCUCCUUGUGAGUUGCUCUAUCCUUGAUCUCCUGUGAUACAAAACUGGUAACUGCUCAGAUUUGGUGUUUUGGCCUCUCACCAUAAAGGAAAGGAAAAAUGAAAUGGAUAGAAGCCAGGGAGAGCCUGUGCAGUGGUUAACUAAAGCAGAGUAAGUCUAGGGUACAAUGUUCUGUAUAGUUAUUGGGCUGUUUCAGUGAAAUGUCUGUGUCUGACAAUCGUGGCUUCAAAGUGCUAUUUAAUGUCUCCACUUGUACAUAUAUUCUCUAAGCUUGGCCUUUUGCUACUAUUGUGAAGUUUGAAGUAGGGGUUCUAUGUACAUAUGACUUCAGCUAUCAAGAUGCUUGCACCCUGUAUCUUGGCAUUACCGCUGGCAAACUGUCCUGCCUUUCUUUGGCAUGUCAACACUUUUGGAACAACUGUGACAUGCAGAUUAAUGGUUGGUCUCUUGGGCUUUUAUUUUGCAAUUUUAUAUAUACAUAAUAUAAAUAUAUAUUUAUGGGUUGGUUUUGUACAGUUUGGGGGGUUGCAUCUCCAAGCACCAAUGUUGUCCUGCUUUUUCCAAGAGAAUGUUCUGGAAUCACUGUCUGAGCCCUCUCACUUUGCUUGUGUUUGAGUGUUUCAUCCAAGGGAAUGUGUCCCUGCCUAUGGAUUACUACUACUAUGUGUGCUCUUCUCUCAUGAAUGGAUAUUAACAUAUUAAACAUAAUGUUCUCAGCCUUCA